AUGAUCCAGCCAAUCAUUGCCUGUAAAGGUGAGUUCGCAGGACACUGCGAGUCCUUUCUUGAGGACGAGUCUCGCUGUCGGGGAUCCUACGCCAACUGCCAGGAUAAGACCUGCCUGCAGUGCGCCUUUGCGGACGGCCGAUGCGAAGGGCCUGGGUUUGCAA